GAACCUCCUCACAUAUAAAUCCCACAACAACCAUCUUCCAUUUCAUUUCAUACCACCAUCUCCAACUCCAACAACCUCCAUAACAAACAGUUCCAAUUCUGUUACCGCGAAAACCGCAUCAAAUCACGCAAAUCGCACCAGUUUUCAAAAAUGCAAUCCGAUUCAGAGUUCAGAGAUUCUUCUGAUUAUGAUCAUGAGUUAGUUGAUGAUUCUGCAAAAUUCGAACUCGAUUUCAUCACCAAACUCAAAAUCGAAAACGAAGUGGAAGAUGAAGAACAAGUAGAAGAAGAUGAUGAUGAAGAAGAAGAGUUUAGUUUUGUCUUGGUGAAUCCCGAUGGCUCGCCGAUCUCCGCCGACGACGCCUUCGACAACGGCCAAAUACGUCAGAUCUACCCUGUUUUCGACCAGAAUCUUCUCUCAUCCGACGGUGGCGACAGUCACUACUCGCCGCUGAAGAAAGUUUUCGUUCAGAAGACUGGCGAUUCGUCGUCAGCGGCGGCGCCGGAGGAGACAUACUGCGAGUGGUCACCGAAGACAGCGGUGAAGAGCAACUCGACGGGGUCAUCCAAGGUGUGGAAGUUCCGUGACGUGAAGCUACGGAGCAACAGUGACGGCAAGGAUGCUUUCGUGUUCUUGAACUCGGCGGCGGCGGAGAAGGCGAGCCCUACCGGCGUUGUUGUGAAGAAGGUUAAGGCGGUGAAGGGGAAAACGACGACGUCGACUUCGGCGCAUGAGAAGCAUUACGUGUUGAAUAGAGCGAAGAAGGAAAGUGAUAAACGCAAGUCUUACUUGCCGUAUAGGCAAGAGCUGUUUGGGGGUUUCUUUGCUAGUACCAAUGGGAUGCACAAGAGUCUUCAUCCUUACUAAUUUUUGUGAUUAGAGGAAUUUGGUUAAUUAAGUUCAAGUUUUUUUAUUUCUUAUAUGUAAAUGUUUAGUUUGAUCUGCACCAAACUAACUUGGGAUUCUUUUUUUUUAUGAUGUAAAUUCAAUGAUAAUAUUUCACUAUUUUGGAGCUAA